AUGUGUGGCUACUGUGUGUUCAUUGAGGCACUAUUUUUGGUAUUUGCAGCAGUGCUUGAAUUCGCUUUUGCAGAACAUUUACUAGAAUUUGCUUCCCUAAGAUUAUGUGGAGAUAACUCGGACAUCAUUCCGGAUCCAACGGACUGUGGAUAUUUCUUCGACUGUACAAAUUAUUAUGCUGUUCGUCAGCGCUGUGCACCGGGAACUUUUUUUAAUGACCUAACAAAGAAGUGCGAUUUUCCAGAAAAUGUCCCUCGAUGCGAGAAACAGUUGUAUGGAGAAUUCAAGAAUAAUUACAACAUGGAUGGAGUUGCAGACCCAAAUGAAAUCAUUGUUGUUAAUCCGGGUAAUCAAGAUGAUGCAGAAGUGAAGAGUGCAUCUGCUGAUGCAAAACAGGCAUCCGUUUCUGCAGUUCAAAGUGAUAAAAGGGAUAUAGUUAUCAGAAAUAAUACGACAAAUGGAAAUCACGACCCAUUCUGUUUUGGGAAAAAAGUUGGAAACUACCCAGACCCAAUUUACUGUAAUUUCUUUUAUCAGUGCAGCUUAAUAGUUAGUCGAAGACAAAAGUGUGCCCCUGGAACUGUAUUUAACCCAAACAAAGACAGGUGCGAUUUUCCAUCACAAGUUAAAGGGUGUGAAAACUCCUUCACAAGAAAAGGAUAUGACCCAAUUAAACAAAAACUACAAAAUAUUUCAAAAGUAACGAAAGAUGUUGCUGGUACCAAUCUAAAGAAAGGAGCAAACACUAUCAUGCAACAGUUUCAACUUCCUUCCAUUCCAUCAGCUACAACUACUUCGAGCAAAAGAAUGGAAAGUUCUACCGUUACUGGACUUAAACAGGACACUUCAAGUAAACAGUUAAGCUUAACAAACAGGAAAUCAAAUGAACCUCUGAAGAAAAAAUCAGACAAAACUAGUGAUAAUAUGACAGUAAAACCAUCGAUUAAUAAUGCUAUGAUUCACGUGAAAAAAGAGUUUAAGAAGACAAAUGAAAAAGAUUUAAUUUUUAAGCAAAGGACUGUAGAUACAAAUCCUUUUAGAACAGGAAAUAGAAAUCAGAAGAUGCGCUUUUCCCUUCGAGACAUUAUAAGAAAUGGCGGGAGAAAUCAGCCUGUUGCUAAGGGACCGGUAACAACAACAGUCCAACCAACAUCAACAAGACACAUUCGAUCAACUACAGCAGCAUUAUUGCCUGUGGUUCCUACUAAAGCUUCUUAUGAAUCUAUGUUGGCAAAUGCUUCUGUGUCUUAUUCAGGUGAAAAUCAGUCAAAAGUUAAAAACACACAUGUAAAUGAAGAAGUGAAAUCUUACCCCCAAACAUUUGAUGAGAUCAGAAGCAAAGUUCAAACUUCUUUGAACAAGGUUGUUGCCUCUGAAUAUAUGCAAAUAGCACCAACGAAAAUGGGAAUGCCUGUUCACCCUGCAUCAGGCGCAAGAUACACAGAAAGAACAACAGCCGUAAACAUACAAACGACGACACAGUCACCCAAAUCAGUUGACGAGGUCCUUGAAAAGGUUGGCCACACGGUAAAACAGGCUACAAUCGAGGGAGUACUAAGUGCUGCUCCCUCCCUCCCUUUGGAUACUUAUUCAGUACAUGUUGAUAAGAAAGGUCAGGCCAGGAAGUUUCCAGUCGUGGAGACGGGGGACAUCAACGGUAAUUUCGGUUUUCAAAAGGGGAUCCUUAGCAGUAUUGGUAGUGUUCUUAGAAGGAAAAAUAUGGACAAACAUUUGAGAGAAUCCAUUGAAGCCAAGUUAAAAGCUUUAAUGUAUCUAACAACUUUUAUCAAAUCAGAGAGACUGAAUGAAAUAUUUAGAGAAACAUUACGAAAAAGUCAGCUGAUGGAUAAAUUUGCGAAGAAAACUACAAAUAUUUCCAAAGUGAUCGCUAAAACUGGCAAGAAGCGGAGAGGGAACGUACAUUAUCCACGGCUUAUUAUCGUGACUAGUAUGGGAUCUGGAGAUUCCAAUAAAAAACUUUUAGAACAGUUUGAGGUUGGUUUGAAUUCAAAACAAGUGAAUUGAAUUAUGCUAUGCUUUUUGUACAUGUAAAUAUUUUUUAGUUUAGUAUAAUUUAUUAGCAACUAGACGUAGAAAAUUGUGUAAAAUUGACCGUGUUGGAAAUUUUACAUGACGAAUACUUGUAGUCAAUACGUAGAUUUAGAGUUUGAUCAGUAUUUUCACGUAGUAAGAAAUCCGCUAUUUAUGUCAUAACAGGGUAUUA